AUGGCUCCUUCCGCUCCCGGAGCAGCCGCUUCUCCGGCUAAGAAAACCUCAGCCCCAGAGAAGAAAUACAAGUGCCAGUUUUGCAAUCGCGCAUUCAGUAGAAGCGAACACCGCAGUCGCCAUGAGCGCUCCCACACAAAAGAGAGACCCUUCAAGUGCUUAAAAUGCCGCAGUACCUUUGUCCGUCGCGAUCUGCUCUUGCGCCAUGAUCGAACUGUGCACGCCAAGGAUGGUGGAAUUCCCCUCGUGGCCGAGGGGCGCAGACGGGGUGGAGGGGUUCAGAAAAACUCAUCUGCGCCAUCGAAACCGUCGGUCACCGUGGACCCGACGACUUUGGAGCAGAUUGAGGCCAGUAGUGAUGGUAUGGUCGACCUUGAAACUGCAGCCAUGUUGAUGACAGAUUUCCAACAUAAGGCUGCAGCAGCUGCGACCGGUCAGGUCUCUGAGCGUUCCGAAUCCCUUUCCCCUGGGCGGGGCUACGAGCCCUACCUAUCAGGCAACGCCACUCUGCCUCAGAUGCCCUGGGACACGCUUGUCUCCCCCGCGGAAACUGGCUCGAUGCCUACCCUCGUCGAUCGCCAUGGCCCCGUCGGAGACGUUCUCAUGUCCAACUCCCUUCCCAUGUCUGGCAACUCUACGCCGAAUGCCCUAUCGCCGUACCCCUCCAUGACGGGUCCGGUUAGCCCUGUCAACUAUCGUCGUUCGCCCGGCCCUAGUCAGGCUCUCACCCUCCCCAAGGCGCCUCAACUCGCUAAUGAGAUGGAACGUAACUACGUGGUUGACCGGGUACAGAGUGCUGACUCUUUGGCUUCCCCCACCGUGGCUCUCAACCGUUAUCUAUCUACUUACUUCAACCUCUACCAUCCCCAUCUGCCCUUCCUUCAUCAGGAGUCGUUCCAGCCCGCUCAUAUUUCGGCACCAUUGCUUCUUGCAGUUUUGUCGAUCGGCGCUCUGUACACUUUCGAGCGCGAGCACGCUUUCAUGCUCCAUGUCGGCUCCAAGGUUCUGGUGAACCAGUUCCUCCAACACAAGGACAACUUCGACUCCCGCAAGUGCCCUCUUUGGUUGAUGCAGGCCACCCUAUUGAACAUGGUCUUUGAGAGCUGGAGUGGUGACCCGAAGGGUCUGGAAUGGACUUGUUCCAUUAAGAGUCUUCUCGCCAACAUGGUCGCUGGCAACCGGUAUCAGUUGAAGUUGCGCACCCAGGCCCGCCAGAGUGUGCAUCCCUCUCGUGAGGAGUGGAUCGAGGAUGAGUCCUGCCGUCGUACAUACUUUGCUGUGUACAUCUUCUUCGGCAUGCUUACUCUCACUUUCAACCACACUCCUGCCAUGAGCUUCGACGAGUUUGACGAUCUCGAGCUUCCCUCCUCCGAGUCCUUGUGGAACCUAGAUGCCGCCGACGAGGACACUUGGCGCCGCAGCGUUGCCACCAGUGCCCUCACUGUGCGCGAGGCGCACGACUUCCUCUUCCAGGGCGAGCAGACCCGCUACAGUGCCUUCGCCACUCGCGUCCUAAUCAAUGCCCUGUUCUUGCAGGUCUGGAACCACAAGCGCAGCUUCGAAGCCUUGCAGGACGUGGUGACCGAAUACAAGUUGCGUCUCGCUCUCGAGACUUGGGAGAACUCCCUCGAGGUGUGCGAGCCGGAGACAAUCGUUGUCCCGCUCAGCACUCCCCAGAAGGGUCACCCGCUGAUCUUCAAUUCGAUGGCAGUCUACCGCAACACACGCGCCCGCCUGGAAGUUGACCUGAAGUCCAUCCAGGAGGCUAUGCGGUACCACUCCUCGUACGAAGUCGCGGCCGCUAUGACCGUUGCUCGUGAGAAGGUCAAGCGCUCCCAGGAGAUGAACAAGGUUGUGCAACAAUGCUUUGAAUGCAUUGAGAUUGCCGCCAUUCAGGGUAUCAACUGGGUUGCCAAGACCUCCGCCACUAACUGGAGUGUUGAGCAUCCUCUUUGCGGCCUUGAUCUGAUGGUCAUCCUGAGCCUCUGGCUCUACCGCCUGGAACAUGACGAUGAGCCGGCGACUGAGGCCGAAAUGGCCAUCUACAACAAAGUGCGCAACUUGUUUGACGACGACGCUAUUGAUGCCUUUGGCAAACUCAGCUCCACCGUCGCCCGUGUAUGGGGUAACAUCCUAGACGGCGUGGUUGUCUGGGGUAUCACCAAACUCAUGGGCGAGUCGUUCAAGCUACACUCUCAGGCCCUCGUCGGCUACGAGGAUUCCCUUCGCGUCGGCAAGGAUCAGCCAAUCCACGCGGUACCAACUAAGUCGCUUGCUAGCGUCGGCACCGCUUAUUAA